CAGCAUCUCACAAUGAGUUUGGCGGUCUGGUACACUCUUUGGGUUGCCCCACCACACUAUCAGGACAGCUUUGCUUACCAGGAAAACACGGCGUUGAAACGAUGUUUGGGCGGCACACUCGUUAGCAUUGCACGGCGGGACCUUUGACGAGCGUUCAUGCCUUUCUUAGUCUGUGCUUCUUUCUUGUGUGCUCUAUUCGUAUCACAUUUGCUUCAGAACAUGCAUGGACUUGCUAGUAUCCAUCGGACACUGGUACUAUGCAGCAAGCAUGUCAAGAGAUACAAAUCAACUGCCGGCCUGCAUAGCCGAUGCAGCUUUACAAUAGCCAUCACAUGCUUUCUGCACGAUGUACGGUGUGCUACAUUCGCGGUACAUUGCUGUGGCAUACCUUUCCCCGAUUGGCGGUCACUCGCAUUUGCGUUUCACAAGCAUGUAUAUCACGCACCUGCUAUGAUGUGUGUCAGGCAUCUGCGGACAGAUCAGAUCCUGCGCGUGCCGCUCGGAUGGAUAAGGUGGAGGGAUUGUCGACGAUCGUGCUUCUGGUGUGUAGGCGUGGCGCGCAAGAUGAAGGCGGGUGAUGGACUUUUGCUUUUGGCCCUGUGGAACGGCAGUCCUGCACGCCGUACGUUUUGGCUGUGCCCGCGGCGUCGCAGCGAAGUUAGGAUGGCGACGGCAUAUCCACAGGUCGCACGAAAAAAAUACCCCACAGUGCUGCGUCUCGCUAUGUUGCUUGUUUGCACUCUUCCGUCCCCUUUCCUGACAGACGGCAAUCUCCGAGAACCCUGGAUGUAUCACCUCGCAUCCGUCAAUCGGUCUCAUCGAUUGAUCUGAUCGAUUCAAAUCGCAUCGCAUCGAGUCGAAUGAUUCGUAUCGAUCAUCGUGCAUUGUCCCUCUUUCGGUCCUGCGUGCAGGACGUGGGCGUAGGCGUAGGCGGCCGGGGUUAAGGCGGGCGUGGGGCGUGGGGGCUCGGCAGGGCUGGGCCGCGGUGGUGAUAGGGGAGGGGAAAACAAAUGAGGGGAUGCUGC